AUUGCAGCGUACACUUUCAGGGGUCGUCCCGCUGCCUCUACAGCAUCUGGACCGGACCACUUACGCUAGCUGGCAACAACUAAGCUUCUUCUCUGCCUGAUGUGAAACAGAAAGCUUCUGCCCGUGUUCACAGUUUGAACGCACAUGCGGUCACUUCCUGUCUCGUCUCGGGGAAUCUCGGCUGACUUCACGCAGCUGCUGAAGCCGCGGACGCACCGCAGAGAAGUGAAGUUGAGCAUCUUGCAGUCAUUCAGAAUCGGAGGACAACACCACCUGCGACCAGAUCUACAUGUUGAGAAUGCAGAAGAAUCGUGCAUUCAACUGAGCCAGCUGAGUAAUAGUCUGUGUGUGUAGCUGCAAGACUGGCUGAAUGCUUCAUGAUGGGAUGCUUAAUGCUAGCAUGGCAGAGGACUUCCUCCACAGCACAUGAUAUAUCACAACUGCAUUCUUCGAUGCCACUGUUCAACAUUUGAUUAAAACAUUCCUUUGUCAAGCAAUAACAAUUUGAGUAAAACAAGCAAAAAUUAUGAAGUGCAGUCAAGUAAAGUGGGUAAUUUGAUCAAAUUUUUGCACGUUAAACCCAUUACCCAGUUAAUGGUUUGGCUUUAACUCUGUAGCCUGGCUCAGGCAGACGCAUCCUACGUGUCUACCUGAGGCUGUCCUUCCAUUUUAUGGAGGCCUUGCAUAGUCGCCUGACCACUGGGGAGCAGUCCGGAGGUCAAGAACAUUCUCAAAAGGAGUCUCCGCAGCGAGGCCCGCAGCCCAAGUCUCCCUCCCAGCCUUGUCAGCAGCAGCAAUCCAGCUCCCCAAAGCCCCAUGGCACACUACAGCAGCCCAAACAGUCCAGAAGACAGAAUCCUGAACGUAAACGUCUCAGACACCAGCGGCAGAGCAUUGACUCAGAUACAGCACCAGAGCAUAAACAAGAGGCAUCAACAGCAACAAAAGCACCUACAGCUUUGAGUUUGUCUCCAGAAGUUCCACCUUCUUCAACAGACGGCCCUACCCAGUCUAAACCAGAAACCCAGGAAGGGACUCCAAAACAGAAACGUGAGCGUAAGCCUCAGAGACCAGGGAAAUAUGUUUGCACUUAUUGUGGCCGUGCAUGUGCCAAGCCUAGUGUCUUACAGAAACAUAUCCGCUCCCACACAGGUGAAAGACCCUAUCCCUGUGCCCCAUGUGGCUUUUCUUUUAAGACCAAGAGUAACCUGUAUAAACACCGCAAAUCUCAUACCCACCGGGUGAAGGCAGGCCUGGCACUUGGGGAGCCAAAAUCUUUAGAGGAGCAGGUCACAGAGUCAGAGGAGGAAACAAGACAGCUAUCAUCAGCUUCUUCCCUUUCAGAAAGACAAGACAGUGGAGCCUCAAUCAAGAGUCUUGAAACAGACAUGGCCAAAGAUUGCACUAAAGGGAACAGUGACUCUUAUGCAGUGAAAAAGAGAUUGGCCCUCCGUCUAAGUAGAGGAAAACGCAUCCCUCAAGAUUCAUGUGAUGAAAAGACAUCAUCUUUAACUUUAGGUAGUAGAGGUAGUACAGAAUCUGGCUAUUUUUCUCGGUCUGAAAGUACAGAGCAGUCACAGGACAGCCCCCCCAACACAAGUGCCAAAAGCUAUGCUGAGAUCAUCCUUGGUAAAUAUGGACGCCUUGGACACCUACAGAGGAUGUCUCGUCAUCAAAACCAGCAUCCUUCUGGUGAGGAGGACAAGAGCAUCUCAUUCACGGUACCCAAGAAACAGGUCAUUGACCAUAUAACUAAACUUAUCACCAUCAACGAGGCAGUGGUGGACACCAGUAAAAUUGACAGUGUAAAACCAAGACGAUUCUCACUCUCCAGAAAAAACAGUUCUGAGUCUCAGAAGAGUUCAACUAUAAAAGAACCACUUAUUCAUAGCCCCAAGGCUGGUGAUGUGGGUUAUAAAAGCAGUGGCUCCAUCACCAUGGGAGUUCCAUGUGAAAAAUUUCAUCAUCCGUCCUUAAAUGUGGAGCAGCCAGCUGGCCAAACAUCCACUGCCCCUUUGGUGCGAAGUCAUUCAAUGCCAUCUGCAGCCAGUUCAUUCGAUACCUCCAGUAGUGGCCCCAGCAAAUGCCGCCUAAGUCAGUCUUUUGAUGAACGACCGCCUUCACGUCGUUAUGGGAUGCUAAGACGGCAGCCAGCUAUUGAAAUCCCACUUGGUACAGAACUUACAAAAGAGGAACAUGAGGGUUCUCAUUCAUUUUACCUUGACAGCUUAACCACUGUGCCUGACUGUAAACAAAGUCAACCACAGCCAUAUGAGUGUGAGGCCUGUGGCACUGGAUGCAAAGAUUGGGUAGGUUAUAAAAAACACAAGCAGAGCCUGUGCCUAGCACAUCAACCCAUCAGUGAAGUAGUAAUUAGUCAAAUGGAGUGCUCACAGGUAAAGAACAGUCCAUUCAGAGCAGGAGCUUCAAUAAUGCGCAAGAGAAGAAAGGAGGAGAGUUUUGAAUUUGAUGAUCCCUCUUCUCCUUCAUUACCCUGUUCUUCCCUCUCUUCAGGCCAGUGCAAAGAUGAAAGCAGUGCAUCUUAUGAGGACCCAAGAAAGCCUGCAUUGCAAACUUGUUCAGUAAUUCAACAUACUAGUUCCUUUGAAAAACAAGAAUCUUUGUGCAAUGAGAACCCAGGCACAGAGGCAACAAAGCACUCUCCUCCUCAUGAAGAAUAUCAACCAGUGCCUCAAAAACAACCCCAACAACAUUUGGCAAAACUAGCAGCCCGAAAACUGGUCCGCCAACACAAUGUGCAGGUUCCAGAAAUCCUAGUGACAGAGGAUUCCAACAUGAGCACAGAGACUUUGGCAGAGUCAACACCCACAGCAAAACAUCAAGAGAAACUAGAUGAAUUUCAGUGGCCACAGAGAAGCCCCUCUCUGGCACAGCUCCCUAUUGAAAAACUUCCCCCAAAGAAGAAGCGGUUACGAUUAGCUGAAGUUGCACAGUCUUCAGGGGAAUCCAGUUUUGACUCUCUCUCCCUUCCCCGUAGCCCGAGUCAGGAUAGUAGUGCGUCCUAUGCAUCCAGUCGCUCCACAUCCUUUGAAGAGUCAAACAGACAGGACAUGGAAGUGGCAACAUCAACACCACUGAGGAGAUCAAGAGCUCUUCACAUGCUCACGGUGCCGGGGGUGCAUCAGCACAGAGAGAUGAGGCGCUCAGCAUCUGAACAGGCACCUCAUGACCCACAACCAAGUGUCCUAAUGGCUGAGACCCGCAGUAAGUCUUUUGACUACAGCUGCCUAUCCCCUGAGCGCUCUGCGGUUGGGUGGAGGGAAAGAAGAAAAUGUCUUCUGAUGAGGCACACUGCUAUCACUGAUCCAGAUGAGGAGGAGGAAUGUACUAUCCCAAGUCGUAGUCCUGAACGUCUCAGCCCAAGCAGAUCUUCUCAAGGAAGAAACCCAACUUCUGUACACUGCAACAGGCCCUCUUCUUCUCUAUCAGGUGACACGGUUUUACGUAAUCCAGUGGGACUGCAGUGCAAAGACAUCUUUUCUCAGUGGAAACUUACUCAAAAUAUUCAGUUGAUGGGCACCACAGAACUGUCCCGUCCUCAUGACCAAUCUGCAGCAGUAAAAGAGGAGAUCCAUACAGAGCCAGCCCUUGCUCAAGCACCACAGCAAUAUCAUACACAUGGACCAUCAGGGGCUGCCAGAGCCCGUUAUCUCCCCAUGUCUACGGGGUUGAAGCUAGAGAUUCCUCUACGACAUGAUGAUUUUUCAGUAAGUCGCUCCCACAUCCAGCAAUCUGUCCCUCACAUCACUUCCAAUCUAGAAAUACUGAGGCCAGUCACAGAUCCAGCAGUCGCAGUGCGUCUCCAAACAGACACCCUUACCCCAGCAUGUGCCAUAUACACAACUUUGUCCCAGUCGACCUCCCCUAGGCCCCACGAGGCAGUUAACGCUGUCUCACAAAGUGCAGGUGUCUCAACAGCUGAACAAAGACCCCACAGAAACAUGAGUCCAGAUCUUCAAUCAUGGUCUGAUGAUGGCCUCAGGUUAUCAGGCUCAGGGGGCAACAAGCGCAUGCUUUCUCCCUCAAACAGCAUAGAGUUGCCUCCAGAGUCACAGCAGCAGCAGAAAAGAGUAAAAGAAGAAGAGGAGAGGGAAGUGGGUUGUUCGGACAAAUCAACUGUUGAGACUUGCAAACACGAGCUCAAACAGGAGUCAUGUUUAGAUGCUGUUUACUCUCCAAUCUCUCAUGUUGCACCUUCAUUCCCCAGUCUGCUGUCCAGCACCUGUAACAGCUGGUGCUAUUUAAACUACAUUAAACCAAACCCUUCUGCUCUGGAUGAACAGAAGCCCUCAGUGUAUUCAUCGUGGUCUACUAGUGGCUAUGACCCCAACCCACCUGGCCUCUCCAGCAAGACAGCGCUCUCUCUGCUGCACUGCAAGCAGAGGCUCAGUCCAUCCAUCUAUACCCUGUCCCCCAUGUCAGUGCAGACAGCAGAGUCAGUGGAGCAAGAGGACAACAAAAGACCCUCCUCCACAGAGGUCUACAAAAAGCAGUCAUGCUACAGAGACUGCGAGGGAGCGAAGAAAGGACAGACAUCAGUAGAUGACCACAGGUCAAACAGAAAGGAGGUGAAAGAGGAAGAGAAGAAGAAGGAGGAAGAGGGAGAGGGAGAGGAGGAAAAAGUCCAGUCAUGCUCCAGAAAUAAACAACCUCCUGAAGGCUGGAUCUCUGAGAGAGGAUCAAAUAAGAGGUAUGCUGAUGCACCUGGUGGAGGUGGAGAAGAGUACCAGUGUGAAGACUCUAGAUUCUACUUAAGGAACACUACCGUACUCUCCUCAGAAUCGCCAUCGUAUAAUUGUAAUCUCUGUGACACCACAUUCAAAGCUGCAGGGAGUCUCACUGAACACCUGAGAUCUAAGGCACAUGGAAAAGAAACCUGCUGUUACCCAGGGGGCACAUAUAAAGUCUGCAAAGACCCAUCAGAUCACCCAGAUCAACAAAAAGGUCAUCGGUGUUCUGAUGCUGGGAACGGCGGAGAUCACGAGGAUGAAAACCCGAAGGACAAGGAUGUUGGACAUGAUGAAGACAGCAGGUCCACAGAGGCUGAAAGCUCCCACGCUGACAGUGAGAAGGUUCAUCCAGCACUUCAGCUCAGGGAGCCUGAAUGCAGCUCAUCCCUUCCACUUACCCCUAAGGAUUCUACCCAGAAAAGCUCAGCCAGUGCAAGAAGGGCGUUGUUCGCCCGCAGACGCUUUGACGCUUCAAUGUUGACACCCUCUGGAGGUCCUCAUUCUCCAAGCACACAAACCGUGACUCCACGAAUCGAGCUGUCUCCACCUCGUAGCCCAUCACCCAGGCUUCACCAGUCCCCCGUUCCUCCUUCGUCCCCCUCCCCAUCCAGUUGUCAUGUCUCCACCGCCCCACAGAGACCAAUCUCUCCUGUUAGAGGCCUCUCUCCUAUAAUAGUGCAGUCCCAGGGGUCGCAGUCCUCUGGGCUUCCAGGCUCCCUGGCAGACACCUCUGCGCACUGUCAAGCCCGUCUUCAACCAAGGGACCAAGCAUCUACAGCAAGACUGUUUGUGGAUGACGUUGGUCUGCCCCACCUCCCCUCACAUCACAUGCGGCCCCGUGGAGCCCACAACCUCCUGAGUCACCUCCCUCUGCACUCGCAGCAGCCAAGCAGAGCCCCAAACAUGCUGAUUCCAAUCGGGGGGAUCCACAUGAUUCAGCCCAGGUCCCCCCUGCAAAUGUACAGCCUACUGAGCAGCCCCACAGCUAACACCUCGGAGGCAUCCACGAGACAGAGCGAUGCUCCAAAGGGAAGGCUCGCUCUGCCGCAUCGCCAGGACGCUCUUAAAGAGAUGCCGCUGAGCAGCCGAACCAGCCUGCCAAACCCUGAGGCAACAGGACAAAUGCCUGCAGGUGUUGUACCGCACAGAAAGAGUCGAGGAUGCUUCACCGUCCAGCAGCCGUCGAGUCCCGGAGCAGAGACGAGCCGUCCGGAGGUGAGCGCAGACGCACCUGUUACAGAGAGGCGUGUUUACCCCGAGAACUCUCAAGGCCAAAAAAAGGCUCCUUCCUCCCAGACACAACUCUGAUAGGAGGCAGAGUCUGAAGGGACAGUGCAACAAGACUGAAGACCGGCCUGUGGCCAACAAUCCCCACACGCUGGUUUAGAGUCUGACAACAAAACGCAAGAGCACUUGAGCACCGCUUCUGAAUGAUGCUGUUAUGUAAUUAUAUUAAUAAUAUAUAUAGACACUAUGUUAGAUAUGCAGUAUGUUUUGUAAAUCUUUUUUACCCUCUUGUUUGAUGUCAUUGGUGUUUAUUUAUUUCUGUGCUAUUAUGCAAAUCCUGUACUAUAUGCAAAAGCAGCUGGAAUGAAAAUAGACAAAGUUUUAAUCAGUUUCCCUAUUAACCCCGUUUACAGCUAAUAUACUAUUGCUGUGUUUAUGUACUGUAUUACCAAAAUGGAUAUAGAAAGGUAUCAAAUAUUUAUUCACCCAACCAGUAUUUUGAAGUGCAAUUUUAUGUCAAGAUUGUGGUUUGAAAUGUCAUUCUUAAAGGCUGUGAUUAUUAUUAUUAUUAUUAUUAUUAUUAAUAUUAUUUGUCAGAUUUUUGUUGUUGCUGUUGUUCUUUGUUUUUAAAGAAGCAAGGUUACAAUUAGCUCCUUUUCUGAAAUCUUCAGGAAAAGUUUCAGAUCCAGACUUUCGGAGUGCACUGACAAAUGAUCCGAUAUCCAGUGGAGACCUGUUUCGCGUACACGGUAGCUACCGUACAGUUUUCUUUCAUAAACAGAUACAUGUAUUUUUGUGUUGUUGCUUUUAUAAAUGAUACAGUCACUACAGUCAUUUUCAUGUUUACCAUUAAACUUCUCAU